CGCCUCCAUGGCUAUAAAUAAAACAAAAAGACCUUACUGUUUCUAUCAUCACUCUCCUUCUGCUACUUCUAGACUCUUCUUCUCUUCUCACACUUCUUCCUUGGGGUGCCCUGAGAUCACAUUGUGCAAUGGUGAAGGCUGUGGCAGUUCUUGGCAGCAGUGAGGGUGUCACUGGAACUGUCUACUUCAGUCAGGACGGAAAUGGUCCAACCACUGUAACUGGCACUCUUGCUGGUCUUAAGCCUGGUCACCAUGGCUUCCAUGUCCAUGCCUUGGGGGACACUACCAAUGGUUGCCUGUCAACUGGACCACACUUUAAUCCUAAUAGCAAGGAGCAUGGUGCCCCCGAGGAUGAGAAUCGCCAUGCUGGUGAUCUAGGGAAUGUAAAUGUUGGUGAUGAUGGUACCGCCACCUUUAGUAUAACUGACAGUCAGAUUCCUCUCACUGGACCAAACUCCAUCAUUGGGAGAGCUGUUGUUGUCCAUGCUGAUCCUGAUGAUCUUGGGAAAGGUGGUCAUGAGCUUAGCAAGUCUACUGGAAAUGCUGGUGGCAGAGUAGCAUGUGGUAUCAUUGGUUUGCAAGGAUAAACUAGUCACAUGAAAACGGGCGUGAUCGUAUGACGAAGCUUUAGAAUUGUGGAAUAAAGAAUCGCCCUUUUAAACCCGUUUGGUUAGGAUUGGUCUGUACUGCUGAAUUCUGUGUUUCACUUGUAUCGUAUGAGAGUCAUUUGUAGACACUUGAUGCUUAUUUCAUGGUUUUUGCCUGAA